AAGAAUGGGCUCCCUGACGGGGUACUGUAGAUAGCAGAUAAUAAUCAUAGUCACAAACACGCAAUCAACCUGUACAUACAAUUCAACCGAACAUAGUUGUGGUCAAGAUGCCUGACUUCCUCAUCGACCUUCUCAAGCGCAACAAGUCUGCUGCCAGCAAGCAGCCGCGGGACGUUCUGCCGGACUCAGCCUCGGAAAUGACAUUGAUCGAGAAAGCAAACGCUAGACCGCAGCACGUGCAAAAGCACACAAACAGACAAACAAACACGCGUUUCAAUCCGUCCGAUCUUUGUUUCGGCUCAUGCUGCCGGAACUGAUCGAGAGUGAGGUUUCCAAAGGAGCUCGUGAACU